AUGAUGCGUCCAUGCACGGGCCGCCGGCGUCUCCAAGCAAGCGCGUCCUUCCUCUCCGGUAACGACUACAACACACGCCUUCGCGGAAAUGUGACAGACGCGGAGUUACCGAUCAGCUGUGAAGAGGAGAAGCUCCGUGCCGUGCUGAGCGCGAGAGUCCGUGUCACGGGCGGACCCAACGCAGCAGACAUGAAGCUGAAGCUGAAGCUCCCGAACCCGGGUCUGGACGAGCGGAUCCCGUCUCACGCCGAGCUGGAGAAGCUGGAGCUGGAGGAGGGAGGAGCGUUUAUGAUCCCGUUCCUGAUUCUUCUGGUUCUGGAGGGAAUCCCGCUGCUGCAUCUGGAGUUUGCCAUCGGUCAGAGACUCAGAAAAGGCAGCGUCGGUGUCUGGAGAUCCAUCAACCCGUAUUUAGUUGGCGCUGUGUACGUGACCUCCACGCUUCCGUACCUCGUCCUGACCAUCUUCCUGAUCAGAGGACUGACGCUCAAAGGCUCCGUCAGCGGAAUCAAGUUCCUCUUCACUCCAGAUGCUGUGUACGUGACCUCCACGCUUCCGUACCUCGUCCUGACCAUCUUCCUGAUCAGAGGACUGACGCUCAAAGGCUCCGUCAGCGGAAUCAAGUUCCUCUUCACUCCAGAUCUGGACGAGCUGCUGAAUCCGACGACGUGGCUGGAUGCGGGUGCGCAGGUGUUUUACUCCUUCUCUCUGGCGUUUGGAGGACUCAUCUCCUUCUCCAGCUACAACUCGGUCCAUAAUAACUGCGAGCAGGACGCCGUCAUCAUCUCCGUAAUUAACGGCCUCACGUCCAUUUACGCAGCCAUCGUGAUUUACUCCAUCAUCGGCUUCAGAGCCACGGAGGGGUUUGACGACUGUCUCAACGGUAACAUCCUGACGCUGCUGAACACAUUUGAUCUGCCGGAGGGAAACAUCACCGAGAGCAACUACGAGGGUUUUCUUCAGCAUCUCAACAGCACGGCACCACAGACCUUGCAGGAGCUGCAGCUGAAGACCUGCGACAUGCAGACGUUUCUCAGUCAGGGGGUUGAGGGAACCGGUCUGGCCUUCAUCGUGUUCACUGAGGCCAUCACUAAGAUGCCCUUCUCUCCUCUGUGGUCAGUGCUGUUCUUCAUCAUGCUCUUCUGUCUGGGAUUGUCCACUAUGUUCGGGAGUGUUGAAGGAGUCGUGGUGCCGCUGCAGGACCUUAACAUCUUACCGAAGCACUGGCCGAAGGAGGCCUAUACAGGUCUGGUGUGUUUUGUCUCGUUCGGUCUGGCCAUUAUCUUCGCUCAGGGUUCAGGUGAAUAUUGGCUGGCUCUGUUCGACGGUUUCGCCGGAUCCAUUCCUUUACUGAUCAUCGCCUUCUGUGAGAUGAUGGCCGUGUCCUACAUUUAUGGGAUUGACAGAUUCAACGACGAUAUCAAGUUCAUGAUCGGUCACAAGCCCAACUUCUUCUGGCAGGCCACAUGGAGACUGGUCAGUCCGCUCAUAGUGCUGCUGAUCUUCCUUUUCUACUUCAUCACCACCAUCAGCAAAGAGCUGACCUACAUCGCCUGGGACCCGCAGUCGGUGCGUCCUCAUCACUCUCAACUACAUCUGAGCCUCUCAUGGGAGAACUAA